CCACACUACAUGACGUCACGAGAUCAUUCGAAACCAGCCAAUAGGAAGCGAGGUUGGGGCGUCGCCUACCCGACAGUAGAAAAACCGUUACAUAGGGAGGGCAGGCAGAGCCAACGACCACUUGGCGCGAAGCAAGCGAAGAGAGAGCAAGUGUUGUAGAGAAGUUGUACUCGACAGUCAUAAUGAGGGAAAUUGUUCACAUCCAGGCUGGUCAGUGCGGAAACCAAAUUGGAGCUAAGUUUUGGGAAAUCAUCUCAGACGAACAUGGCAUCGACCCAACUGGUGCCUACCACGGAGACUCCGAUCUGCAGCUAGAGCGCAUCAAUGUGUACUACAAUGAGGCGUCUGGCGGGAAGUACGUCCCCAGGGCCAUCUUGGUGGACCUGGAGCCAGGCACAAUGGACUCCGUUCGCUCUGGCCCCUUCGGACAGAUCUUCCGACCAGACAACUUUGUGUUCGGUCAGAGCGGCGCUGGCAACAACUGGGCCAAGGGGCACUACACGGAAGGUGCCGAGCUCGUUGACUCGGUGCUUGACGUGGUGCGCAAGGAAGCGGAGAGCUGCGAUUGUCUCCAAGGGUUCCAGUUGACCCACUCCCUGGGUGGUGGUACCGGCUCAGGCAUGGGCACGCUGCUCAUCUCCAAGAUCCGAGAAGAGUACCCAGACCGCAUAAUGAACACCUACUCAGUCGUCCCCUCGCCCAAAGUAUCAGACACUGUCGUCGAACCGUACAACGCUACACUCUCAGUCCACCAGCUUGUUGAGAACACGGAUGAGACCUACUGCAUAGAUAACGAGGCCCUCUAUGACAUCUGCUUCAGGACUCUGAAGCUGACCACUCCCACCUACGGCGAUUUGAACCAUCUGGUUUCGCUCACCAUGUCCGGUGUGACCACCUGCCUGAGGUUCCCCGGCCAACUGAACGCCGAUCUUCGCAAGCUUGCCGUCAACAUGGUCCCCUUCCCCCGCCUCCACUUCUUCAUGCCCGGCUUCGCCCCGCUGACGUCCCGCGGCAGCCAGCAGUACCGCGCCCUCACCGUCCCCGAGCUCACACAGCAGAUGUUCGACGCCAAGAACAUGAUGGCUGCCUGCGACCCGCGCCACGGCCGCUACCUCACGGUCGCUGCCGUAUUCCGCGGCCGCAUGUCCAUGAAGGAGGUGGACGAGCAGAUGCUCAACAUCCAGAACAAGAACAGCAGCUACUUCGUCGAGUGGAUCCCCAACAACGUGAAGACCGCGGUCUGUGACAUUCCACCCCGCGGCCUGAAGAUGUCUGCCACGUUCAUCGGCAACUCCACGGCCAUCCAGGAGCUGUUCAAGCGCAUUUCCGAACAGUUCACGGCCAUGUUCCGCAGGAAGGCUUUCCUGCAUUGGUACACUGGCGAGGGCAUGGACGAGAUGGAGUUCACGGAGGCAGAGUCCAACAUGAAUGACCUGGUGUCAGAGUACCAGCAGUACCAGGAGGCGACCGCCGACGAGGACGCAGAGUUUGACGAGGAGCAGGAGGCUGAGGUCGACGAGAACUAGGCGAUCGUGUUCUGUAUGAGAGAUUGAUGGCUGAAUAAGAAUUUUUCUUUUUGUAAAGUUUUUUCAGGCGAUGGCAAAAUUUUUCUAUUUUUUGUAUUGAGUUUUUUACUACCUAGAAAGAUGGUACUCAAAUUUUCUUGCUUUUCUAUUGUUUCUUAUGUUGAGAGUUACAUUCCUUUGGAUAAAUAAAAGAUCUGACCAUGUA